AUGGCGAGCUCGCUUCUCAGCUCGACGCCAUUGUCGUCCUCUUUCUUAUCCGUUCAUCGGAAACUGUCGAUUCACGGUCAUUGUCCGAGCCGGAGAACUCUCUGGUCCACUAGGAAACAAUCGUCUCUCCGUGUUCGCGCCGCAAAACUCCCUCAAGGGAUGAUAGUGCCAAAAGCGGAACCCAAGUUCGAACCAGCGUUUCUGGGAUUCACAUAUACAGCUGAGAUAUGGAACUCCAGAGCUUGUAUGAUUGGUCUCAUCGGAACCUUCAUUGUUGAGCUGAUUCUGAACAGAGGAAUACUUCAGAUGAUUGGUGUGGAGGUUGGAAACGGGCUUGAUCUUCCUCUCUGA